UUUAAUAAAAAACUAAUAUUAAACUAAUAAAAAGAACGUUUAAUUAGAAAGAUAUACAGAAAUUCUUUAUAAAGAUGCGUUAUGCUGAUUUUGAUUGUUUAAUUUUUCCUUUAAACCGAAGGGUUCCAAUACCAGAGUUCCGGACAUCAUUCUGUUUAACACAUGAUCCAGAUCAUAUAACAGCUCUAAAUAACCACCAAAAGUUUCUAAACAGUAGUGGAAAUUGCGAUAAUUCAUCAAUAAAUUCAAAUAUUAAUUUAUUUGACACAUAUACAACGUUAACUCUUCCAACAGUUACAACGUUUAUUCCGUGUCUUUCACCGUCAGAUCCUAUGAAGAUAUCUUUACAUUCCUGGACAUUGCCACAUAUAUCUAGAGCAAUGGCGUCAAUGCCUCCAAAACCUGAAGAAAAUGUUGCAUAUAUACCUAUGUUUGAGGCGCGUAUCUAUAUUGAUGGAAUACCUAUCACAUAUCAGCUUAUGUUGCCACAUUCUAAAUGGCCGGUUGUUAUUGAUAGUUAUAAUGAUCAUAAUAAUACAUCUCACAGAUUUUAUUUUCCAAGUCAUAAAUUGGAAAAUAUUUCUAGUCUUACAGGCUAUGCUAUACCGCCAGAUUUUUCAUCAAUUAAGGUUAUUUUAUCAGAAGGUUGGCUACAAACACGUGAAAAUGUACGUCCAUUAUUUAAGCGAGUUCGUAACAUUGUUUGCUUUAUGUUUCAAUAUACAGAGUCAGAACUUUUAGAAGCAUCAGGUAUUUCUUAUCCAUCCUUUCGUCCUGUUAACAGUUAUACUCUUUCUUGCUUUUCACCUAAUUCUUAUCUAAACUAUCAAUCAAACGAUGUUCCUCUUCCGCUUUCCAACAAUAAUUCACCUCAUAGCUCUCUUUCUGACACAAAUAUACAAAUAACAACCAAUGUUGAAGAUCAAAUCGAUGAAGUUGCACACUUUAAUCCUUUAUCUUCCUCAUCUUUCGAUCUAAACAAAUCACAGUUUACUAUACCAAUCAAUACUCAACCUUUUUCUGAUUCUUUAUCUGAAAAUACUACUUCAUUUAUUCAACAUACUGAUUCUAGUUCAUCUUAUAAUAUUUAUCCUUCUUUGAUUCAGUCUCAAAAUGAUUUAUCCUUAGACUCCAAUUCUAACGAAAACAAAGAAAAUACUUCAAACAUUCAAAAGUCACCACGUAAAACAAUAACACGCACUUCUCUUUCAAAAAGUCCUACAAAAUUAAAAAAAGAUCUUAAAACUCCAAAACGCUCUGAGCUUCUCAAAGAAAUACAGCUCCAAGGUAUACAAACUUAAUUUUUUCCUUUCAACAUAUCACUCAUAAAAUAUCUCUCUAUCAAAUCAAUUAUUUAUGUUUUUAUAAUUCUUUUUUUCUC